AUGCUAUAUGCAGAAAAUAUCAUAAUAGGAGCAAUAAAAAUAAAAGAUGGCUUAUUUAUUGGCGAUGAAUAUGCUGCAAAAGAUUAAGAAUUUAUACUUACAAAUAAAGUAACUCAUAUAUUAAAUACUUCAGGAAGAUAAGUUACAAAUAUGUGGGAAGGUAUAGGAGUUUAAUAUUUAACAUUAUAUUGGUAAGAAUCUGACAAAUAAAUACUAUUUGAUCCAAAACAAAAUACAAUGAAUUAAAUAGUAAAUUUUAUAGAAAAUGCAAAUAAAGAGGGAGAAUCAUGUUUAGUUCAUAGCGUAAAAGGCUAAAGUAGAUCGUGUUGUGCUUUAACUGCAUAUUUUAUGGUAAAAUAUAAAUGGAAUUUAUUCAAAACUUUAGAUUAUUUAAAUUCUAGAAGACCUGAUUUAGAAAUAAGGGCGAAUUUUUUUCAUUAGCUAAAAGAUUUAGAAACUUAUUUAUAAAAAAUGAAACAGGGAGCAUUAAGUUCCGAAUGGGAUUUGACAUAGAAUAACAAGGAUUUAUGCUUUACUAGUGAAGCACAUAUUCAAGAAGAAAUUUUAUUAAGAAAUACUUAUUUAAAUUCAAAAAAUGCGCCUAUAGCUGAAUUUUAUAUAAACCAAAAAAAUAAUCUUCAUUUAGCAAAAAAAAAUUAAAAAGUAAGCUGGCUAGAUGAAAUUAGUAAAAAAA